AUGUCUUCACAACCCUCUCAGAACACUUCAUUCAAUCUUCUGGUGAUUGACUACAAUCAAUCGGAACAGAGUAAUUGGUAUAAACUCUUUUCUAAUUGCGUCACUCAGAAAGGUCAAAAGAUUCAAGUUGAACAAGCAGGGUGGGAAGAAAUUAAACUAGUUUCGAAUAGUGAUUAUGGACCACUCUUGGAAUUGAAAGGAAAGAAUGAUUCCAUAUUUAAACAACAGAGACAAGAUCGAAAUUUUACACCACAUUUUGUACUCGUUCGCAACUUUCCAAGUGCACUUCAUACUGAAUCAUAUCGAAAUGUAUUGCUUGGAUUAAUGUUUGCAAAUGUUCCAGCAGUGAAUUCUUUGGAUUCUAUCUACAUGUGUAGUGAAAAACCGAUUGUUUAUGGAAAGUUAAAGGAAAUUCAAAAGAAAUUAGGAGGAUUUGAAGCAUUUCCUCUCAUUCCACAAAUUUAUUAUCCAAAUAUUAGAACUUGUGAUUGGUUUGAGGAAAAUGAAAAGACACUUCCUCAACAAUUUCCUGUUGUUUGUAAGAUUGGAACGGUUCAUGCUGGAUUUGGUAAACAAAAAUUAGACACCAAGUCACAAUUUGAUGAUUUUACAACUGUAUUGGCUCUCUACAAGGAUUAUUUUACAUGUGAACCAUUUUGUAAUGUUGAGUAUGAUUUGAGAUUACAAAAAAUAGGAGAUCACUAUAGAGUGUAUCAACGAAGUAGUGAUUCUUCAUGGAAGAACAAUUGGGGAGCCAUGAAAUUUAAACCUCAUGAUACCAUUGAGGAGAGAUACAAAAUAUGGAUGAAUGAAGUUUCUAAAAUGUUUGGUGGACUCGAUAUGUUCACAUUGGACGUCAUGAAAUUGAAGGAUGGAACAGAGAGAAUUUUAGAAUUGAAUGACUCAUCGAUGGGAUUGUUAUUUGAUUUUGAAGCAGAAGAUAAUGCACAUAUUGUGGAGCUUGUUAUGAAAAAAAUUAAUGAUUUGCCUCACGUUUAG